CACUGUUACAUUGCGAAGGUGGGAUUAAAUAAAACUUGGCAGUUUCCGGAGACUAGACUGGUUUAUCUAGGGUUGACUUUGCACCGCACAAGGUCAAGGCGCUCCAUUAUCAUAUCAUACCGUAGCAAAUGGACCGGAGCUCAUUUCUUUGCUGCCAGCCUUUUUUGUUCCCUGUGCCGUCGUCUUCGGUACCGGAUGGCCACGGACUGGAUCCAGCAUUAUCUCAUGAUCUUUUACUCGAUGACGUAAGUUUAUCGAUCGAGCCGUGCGAAAAUUCAGCGCCCAGCACCAACGCGAACGUGACCUCAAAGCGAGGAACCAGCGUACCUGCCUAUUUUUUACCACUGAAAACGACGUCUCUGACAAGCACAAGUACCGAGGAAGAUUCCGCUAACGACAAACAAAAUAAGGUGAAUGCCCAUGCUUCUCACCAAAGCAAUAUUGUUGGGGAAUGUACAAACAAAAGCAGUGGCACACAUUCCGAUCAUGCUGCAAUUUCGACAAACGAUCCAACUAUGUGCAAGGUCGCAUUGAUCCUGCAUACUGCGAAGCUUCCCGAAAAAGGCAUGACCACGCCGGUAAAGAAAGCUAAUCAAAGGAAUCUUUCGGAAAUUAGGGAUGAAAUUGAGGCAGAUGGAGAGGCGGUCUUGAUUGCAAACAUAGAUGGUGAGUAGUGGUAGAAAACAUAAAUUGCAAAAACAAACAACUAUUUGGACAUGUGUUUCGUGAACUUUUGUCGUGAUAACCAUUGCACUUCUUUUGAUCGUUCGUCUGACUAUUUUUGUCAAUGCUCUUGCUACAAUUACGUUUGGUAUUGGCGAUGCGUAUCUCAAAAUGUACCACUAUCAACCAUCAUUCUUCAAAAUCAUGAAUAAUUCAUACCACUGCAGGCAACAAUUUUCAGGUCGAUUUGAAUCAGAUGCUUGGAAUGAUAGUUGGGCCAAGGGAGGAUGAAGAUAAACUUCAAGAUUCCGAAAGAAGUGAUACUACCGACAAAAUGGGAGAUACGAAUACUACAGGUACAAAAAGUGGUGGAAGAAAAAUAAUCCCACCUUAUUUGCUUCUUGAGUUUCCAUCGUGCUGCUUUCGAAUAUUUUGGGAAACACAAGUUGCAAGUCAUUCAUCAGACGAAGAAACCGUGAUCGGAACAUCUUUCGACCGUGUACAGGAAGCAGCGGAUMGUCGAAAAAUCAAAUUGAAUGGAGUGCGUGAGAAACUAGCAAACGUGUUUUCUAUCGACUUUUUGCUUCCCUUUCCUUUAAGCUACUCCGGACUGAUAGGGGUUAUUGGUUCCUUAGAACGAAGAGAAAACAAAGAAAUGCCUAGGGAUCCAAUUGGUAGUGCCCGUCGAUGCCUUUGGUCGUACUCGCAAUCUUGGAAGGACUUGGUCUCAUUCGAUGAUGCAUUGGAAAAUCCACUUGCUGCCGUAAACAAGGAAAAUGCUUUCAAAUACAUGAUGCACCAGUUCAUGACAAGAAUUCCUAACCAAGUUGCCUUGAGCUUUAUUGAAGAAGAUAAUCGAACAAUGGCUUUGGAAUCAUAUGACAGAAGAUUAUGCACAAAGAUGCAAUCUUUUGAGAAUCUGAUUGACGAUUUCUGGACGGAGAGUUCCGAAGUCGGCAGGAGCAACAAACGUCGGAGGGGGAAAGAUGAGCAAAAUGAUGCUGAUGAACCAAAAAAAAAGGUGGAAAACGGUUGUGCGGAGCGUUAUGUGAAACUCCUGGAGGGACACAAAAGAUACAUGAUCUCGAAGCACGAGUUGUACCUGUUGCCGCUGCGAGGUUGAUUCAUUUGGCUGGCUCAGUCGAUCCUUGCACAUCGGAAAACAAAGCACACCAUUUUAAAUUUGAAAUAUUAAACUAUUACCGAGCGAAAGAGUAGGGCAUUAAGAGAAUUGUAAGUUGAGCGUGUUGCCAUUUCACUAAAACCAUGACUAGAUG